CUUGUGGCCGCGGGUUUCGCACGGCCCAAUGAGGGAGGGCGGCGUGGCCCGGCCUCGUAGCGACGAGGACGCGCCUGCGCAGAGGCAGCAGCACCACCGGGGUUGGCUCCGGGGGCGCGGCGAGGAGGUGAGCGGGGGCCACAGCCCGGGCCGGGGGGACCCGGGGUGCAAGAGGGCAGGCUGGAUCAGGCCGGGCAGGAGCGAGCCGGGCUCCGAGUGUCAACGAGAACUAGAGACAUGAGGCUGAGCUGGGUCCAGGUCCUGACAGUACUGUCCAUCUGCCUGAGCGCCGUGGCCACGGCCACAGGGGCCGAGGGCAAAAGGAAGCUGCAGGUCGGGGUCAAGAAACGGGUGGACCACUGUCCCAUCAAAUCUCGUAAAGGGGAUGUCCUGCACAUGCACUAUACGGGGAAGCUGGAAGAUGGGACGGAGUUUGACAGCAGCCUGCCCCAGAACCAGCCUUUUGUCUUCUCCCUUGGCACAGUCCAGGUCAUCAAGGGCUGGGACCAGGGGCUGCUGGGGAUGUGUGAGGGGGAAAAGCGCAAGCUGGUGAUCCCAUCCGAGCUGGGGUAUGGAGAGCGGGGAGCUCCCCCAAAGAUUCCAGGUGGUGCAACCCUGGUGUUUGAGGUGGAGCUGCUCAAAAUCGAGCGACGAUCGGAGCUGUAGCCAGACUGGGGAGGGGCGGGGGGAGAGGCCCCCAUCCAGGGACCAGAUUGUUCUUAAAAAAAAAAAAAAAAAAAACCACCUUAGAAGCC